AUGUCUGGAAGUGUGUUGUGCAAGCGUUACAUGCUGUCAACGUUGUCCUGGAAAGAAAUAGAUGACCUGUUGAUGACAAAAACGCAGCGAGAGCUUCUGAAUGGUUCGUUGGACGACUUGGAGUACCACUUCAGGCACGAGAGAACGUCGGAGUUGCUUUGCUAUCGGUCGCAGCGCGGGCUGCUCGACAUUGACAACAUAGAGCCCUCACUGUUCAGGCAGCAAUUUAGAUUUGAGAAAGAUUUCAAUAACUUGUUUCGUGCUCUUAAACUGCCGGAGACCGUGAAGAGUGCUCAAAAUGUGACUGUGCCCGGUCGGGAGGCGUUGUGUAUUACGCUUCGACGACUUGCCUACCCAAGCAGGUGGUGUGAUCUCGAAACUAUAUUCGGCAGGCAUUCAUCAGUGAUGUCGAGUGUGGCGUCAGAAGUUAUUUUCUACAUCGUAAGCGAGUUUCAUCAUCUGCUUGAAGACUGCAACAACCAUGACUGGCUGUGUCCUGCCACCCUUGGAGAGUUUGCAAAUGCCAUCCGGAACCGUGGUGCAGCGCUGACAAACUGCUGGGCAUUUAUCGACGGCACGGCACACCCCAUAUGCCGACCCAAAAGGAACCAACGCGAUUAUUUUUCUGGCCAUAAGCGGAUGUACAUGCUCAAGUACCAGUCGGUGAUGUGUCCCAAUGGCAUUGUGUGCCAACUUCGCGGCCCUUAUCCUGGAAGGCGGCAUGAUGCAGGGAUACUCCAGAGCAGUGGCCUCUAUGCGAAACUGGAAAAGUUGGUGGGGCCCCAGCAGUUCGUCAUAUACGGCGAUCCUGCAUACCCACUGAAGCCACUCUUAAUGAAGCCGUAA